AAGUAAGGAAAAUUAAUGUCAAUAAAGGAAGAUGGUUUAAUGUUUUCAUUAAAUAAGUGCAGAAUAUGCUUAAAAUCGGGAGAAAUCUUUAUCCCAGGGAUUGAAAAUCUUUUAGAACAAGUUAUUGAAUUCGGUGGUGUGAAAAUAACGGAAGAUGAUUUAUUUCCUAAACAUAUAUGCGAUUCUUGUUACUCGUUACUUAAAGCUGCCUUACUUUUCCGACAGAAAGCGCAGAAUUCGGAGAGGAUUCUCAAUUCUAAGAAGAUGACUCUAGAUUCUGAGGUAGCCAGCAGCGAUUCAAAAAGUUCAGCAGACGAGGAAGACUUACACAAUUUUAAUGAACAUAGCCAAACAUAUAGAAAGAUUCAGCCAAAGCUCCAGGUUUUGGAAAACGACUGUAAUGACAAAUUUUCUGGUGAUGAAUCAACAUCUCGUAAUGGCGAUUUCCAAAUCGAAGACGAAUUGGAAAGCUCUGGGUCAGAAAGAGAAUAUUUGGAGAUAAAUGAUGACACUGAUGAUUUUCUGAGUACUAAUGUAAUGUGUGUAAUAAAUCAAGAUAGUGAAAUUAAUUUAGUUUCUAAUAAGGAUAACGAAAACUAUCAUAUAGAACAAUACCAAUGCGGUAUGUGUAGUAUGAUUAGUGAAACCCUAGAUAAGUUGGAGAUACAUUGUGAAUUGAAUCAUAACAUUAAGGUAACUGAUACUAUGAAAUGUGAUGUGUGUAAGGAAGAUGUUAGUGUCGCGAUUCAACACAUACACAUGAAACAACAUAAAGAUGAAUAUAAACGAAAAAGAAGAAAAGUAGGAAAAAUAGAAUGUAAUAUUUGCAAAAAAUAUAUUAUGAAAACCUAUAUCAAAUAUCAUAUGAAAAUGCAUGGUCCGGAAACUGAAAGAGCCGAAAGAAAAAAAUAUUGCCGUUUGUGCCAAAAGCCAAUAUCGUUACACUAUUUUGUCAGUCACCUGAGAAGAGUACAUCAAAGAGGGCCAAAUGAGGAAAAAAUAGACCAAGCGAAUUUAAUUAACGUUAACAAAGAUUCAUUUGAAAACUGUCCAAUAUGUGAAAAAUUGGUGCACAAAUCAAAGUACAAAGAACAUCUAGCUGAUCACGGUAAGCCUCCAAAGAAAUAUGUAUGUGAAUAUUGUGCAAAAGAAUUUAGAUAUCAAUCAGCCUUUAAAACACAUCAGUUGACUCACACAGAUGAGUUUAAAUACCAGUGUCAGUUUUGCCCAUACAAAGCUCAAUAUUUAGGACUCAUUAAAGUGCAUGUUAGGACUCAUACUGGAGAUUAUAACUAUAAAUGUCCACAUUGCCCAUCAAAAUUCAUAACAAAGAGUAAUCUCAACCAGCAUAUCCAAAGGCAUAAUGUUCGUGGGAAUAUUAAAUGUCAUACAUGCAAUAAAUACUUCUAUCGUAAAAGUAAUAUGGAAAAACAUUACUCAACAAAACAUUUGGGCAUACGAGAUGUAAUCUGUGAUAUCUGCGGUACAGGCUUCAGCCACAGAGAUGAAAUGCUAAGUCAUCAACUUAGAAUGCACAACAGGGAGAGGUUACUUCGUCGGGUUCCGACCUAUCUGAGAGUAGCUAGAGAAAAGGAAAAAGAUGAAAUUGACAUUAAGCAACAGCAGUUGCAAAAAUUAUGAUAAUAUUAGAAGUGAUAGUAGUAUGUAGUAUUUUAAUUGAACCGAUUAUCAGUUUUAAUUAUGCUGUAAGAAGUGGAAUGGAAACAUGUAAUACAAGAUAUUUUUUAUUGAA